GAAAAUAUAAAUAUGUCACCACAACAAAUCAGUCGAUAUAACUAAGAAUAUUUCAUAUUUAAUGUUUUAGCUGUUGAAUAAAUAUGUUUGGUUUUGAAAAAUUCUGAUUUUUAAAGUUAGAUAAAUUAAAAAAAAUUAAGUUUAUAUGAGUUGGAUUGCGUGCUUACAGAUUUUACAUACUGGAGGCGUUUUCAAUUAUUUUAUGCAAAAAUGAAUGGAGAAGUAUUGGAAGGAUUUUUGUGUCCGAUUUGCCUAAAAGAUUUAGGAACAAUAACCCAAUUACAAAAUCACUUUGAAGAGGCACACAAAUCGGAAGAUGUAGCUGUCAUACAACAUCUAAAAGGACUAUUUGAAAAAGCAAAGAAGAAAUUUUUGAAUGAAGAGAUUGUAAAGGAUAACUUACAAACACCGAUAAAUUUAUCACCUAAACGGAUUGUAAAUGAGAAACCCCAAGAAAUAGGAAGAAUAACAAGUCAUACUACAUUCUUUAAAAAUCUUAGAGAAAAGAGGAUAGACGCCUAUGCAUUAGAAACUAACAAAUUACUCUUGAGAUUAGACAAACUCAUAGAUGACAAAGCGCCGAUGGAGCCUUCUAAAAGGAAAAAUUAUGAAAAAUCAGUUGUUCCCUGGACAAAAGACAAAAAGUUAACUAAUCCAUCUUUCGAACCGGAAGGUGAAAUGUUGGGCUUCCGACGCUCAAAUAGCUCAGGCUCCUUGAAUUCUCUAUUUUCUUCUGAGGGCGAAAGCCAUUUAAGAACCUGCCAACGUUGUAGCCAUUUACUAGAAAGGAGACAUGAUCAAAUGGAAACUCGUAAUUCCACUCCAAUGGAGAACUUCUUAUAUUCCAGACUAUGUCAAUAUAAAAUGGAUGCUGAGCGCCAAAUACCACAAGUUCUAACAAUGGCUCAAUCGCUGAGAGACGGAGACGAAACGUACAGUCUACAAUCGGCUGAGAGUGAGAGGCAAAAGCUUAUUAUGAUUUUUGAUAGCAUUGACAAAACCAGUAAGCGCAUAGCCACCAUGAUUGAUGAACAAAAUGCAGGCCAGAAGACGAUGCAAUUAAGAAGAGCUAUUAGACAAGCAGCUGCUACGUGGCUGCAGGAUAAUAUGCUAGGUCUUCAGUCUCUACCAACUCGAGAAGAAUUGGACGAAAUUCAGAGAAGAAAGAACCUCGAAUUGGAAAAAAGAAUUGCAAUUGAAAAAGAUGCAAUGACUAAGAAACUAGAAAAAGAUAAUGCUUCCAAAAAGGUUGAAAUCGUUGUUAGAAAAGCGUCGCUUCCUAAUACAAAAAAUAUGCAGGAUGAGAAUGGAUGGAAGCCGGAAACCCAAGUAAGCGAUAACGACGAUCCGAUGCUUCAACAGAUAAACAUUAUAAAGAGUUAUAUCAAACAAGCUAAACAACAAUGUAAGUGGGACGAAGUUCAUAUGUUGGAAGAGAAUUUAAAUCAAUUGGAAAAAGCGUAUUGGGAUGAAAAGACCAAGCCCUUCAUCUAG